GGUGCCGUGGACCGUGCCUAGCUCACACAGUCGGUCCCCACUUAAUCUCACCACCCACCGAGGGGGUGGGGAGGGCGCUACAUUUAAUCACCGGUCACCCCUCUGUCCCAGCUAUGCACUCGGGAGGUCCAGCUCCAUUCUUCCCGCACAGGUGCCGGCCCAACCCACCCUACUCUGAGCUGGGGACCAGUAGCUGGUCCGCAGGCACGGCCUUUUCUCCGACGCAACAAAUCAACACGAGGCUUGUAGGCUGCUGCCCUCCGAUUGGCUGCAGCCCUGGCUCAGCCCACCGCUCCCAGCGCCCGCGUCCGGCGGGCUGGAGGCGGCUUCCGGUCCAGGAAGGUUGGGUGGCUGCGGAGGCGCUCCGAGGGCGGUGCAGCUGGAGUGCCGGCGGGGGCGUGGCGGCACGAAGGGCCGCCCGGCUGGUACACGAGGCCUCCCAGUGGCCGCGGCUUCCUGGGAGCUGGGCUCGGUGGACAUCGUGAGGAGGAGCCGAGCGGCAGGCAGGAGCCACCCUGGGCCGACGAGGUCAGGCUCGUGGCUGAAGGAUCUCCUCAUCUUCCACAGGCCCUGGAAGUUCAAACCCCGCCUUCAUCCCGCGUGGGGUCUACUCCCAGCCUCUAAUCUCCUGGAAGCCAUGGAAACCUCCAUGCCUUUGCCUCCAGUACCUCCCUCCCCAAUCUGCAACCCAGCCCCACGGACAAUCCAGAUUGAGUUCCCUCAACAUAGCUCAUUGCUGCUUGAAGCUCUGAACCGCCACAGGCUAGAGGGAAAGUUCUGUGAUGUAUCCCUCCUAGUGCAAGGCCGGGAGCUCAGGGCUCACAAAGCAGUGUUGGCUGCUGCCUCUCCUUACUUCCAUGACAAACUUCUUCUGGGGGAUGCGCCUCGUCUCACUCUGCCCAGUGUCAUUGAAGCCGAUGCCUUCGAGGGGCUGCUCCAGCUCAUUUAUUCAGGGCGCCUCCGCCUUCCUCUGGAUGCUCUCCCUGCCCACCUCCUUGUAGCCAGUGGCCUCCAAAUGUGGCAAGUGGUAGAUCAGUGCUCAGAGAUUCUUAGGGAACUGGAAACCUCAGGUGGUGGAAUUUCAACCCGUGGAACAAACCCUUACCACACAAUUCUUUCCACCACAUCCUCUCCAGGAGGAUGGUGCAUUCGCUCUUCCCCUUUCCAGACCCCAGUGCAGUCUUCCGCCUCUACUGAGAGCCCUGUUGUAGGAGAGGGGAGUGAACUGGGAGAUGUGUUACAGAUUCAAGUUGAAGAAGAAGAGGAAGAGGAAGAAGAAGAAGAUGAGGAGGAGGAGGAGGACCAGGGGUCAGCAGCACCCUCUCAUACUCCUCAACCUCAGAGAGUAUCAGGCGUUUUUCCCCGCUCUCAUGGAUCACACCCACCUCCCAUAUCCACUACUCCCCGCAGGCUUCCAGAGGGUGAGAGUAUGCCACUUGAGCCUCCUGUCCCUCAUACUCCUCUCCCCUCUAAAAUCUUCUACAUCAAGCAGGAACCCUUUGAGCCUAAGGAGGAGACAUCAGUAGGUGGAGCUCAGUCUGGAGGAGCAAAGGAGGAGACCAAAAUGUUUCCUGGAGAGGACACUGAAGGGAAUGGAGAGUUAGGGUUCUUGCUGCCCUCAGGAUCAGGGAUAACAUCUGGAGGAGGUGGUCCAUCCUGGAAGCCCGUGGAUCUUCAUGGAAAUGAAAUCCUGUCAGGGGGUGGAGGACCUGGGGGAGCAGGGCAGGCUGUGCAUGGGCCUGUGAAGCUAGGUGGGGCACCCCCUGCAGAUGGAAAACGCUUUGGUUGCUUGUGUGGGAAGCGGUUUGCAGUGAAACCAAAGCGUGACCGGCACAUAAUGCUGACCUUCAGCCUUCGGCCCUUUGGCUGUGGCAUCUGCAACAAGCGCUUCAAGCUGAAGCACCAUCUGACAGAACAUAUGAAGACCCAUGCUGGAGCCCUGCAUGCCUGUCCACACUGUGGCCGUCGGUUUCGAGUCCAUGCCUGUUUCCUUCGCCACCGGGACCUAUGCAAGGGCCAGGGCUGGGCCACUGCUCACUGGACUUACAAGUGACUUAUGAGGCUGUACACUAACUUCAAGGACAAGAGCCACUGCUGCUGAUGGAUACUUACCCCUCCCUACCAUGGCACCCCAAUUCUGGGUCAUGUAAUCAUGCCAAGAGGAUAUGUUAUGGACUACUUGUUCCUGGGUGUGGACCUCAACCUGGCAGAUUUGGAAACUCAAGAUUUCUUAUCUCACCCCAGGUUUUUGCCAACUACCCUACAGAAAAGUGAUUUAUAGGCCAUAUGUAAACUGAUCACUUAGCCAUAAGAGACAUUUUCAUAUGGGAAACCAGACUUCAAGUUAGAAGUUUAUUUGAUGAGAAAAGAGAGCAAAAAGACAUAAAGAUAAGUGUUCCAUUUGUCUCCAUGAGGAGUUAAAGGAGCUGGUCUCCAUCUAGGGAUAUGUUUGAUUUAGAGUUCUAGUAAUUCAGAUACUAAACUCUGAGCUCUCCUCUCUCCCAUCAUUGCUGAAAUUAUAUGAGAAGAGUUCUUUUUAUGUACUUUUGUUAUAUCUUUCCAGAAGCCUCUCAGAUCAUAACUUGCUUUCUCACCAGGAGAUAGGUUCCCACACCUUUAUUUUUUAUGCUAUAGUUGAGCACUUUAAUAAACUGAGCAUUCCAUUUAUCAUCCCUAGAACCCUCUUUAACAGAGGUAUUCCUUCAACAACCUGUGCCUCUUUAUCGGCUUUUGACCACCACUGAUCACUUAUAUAUUGAUCACAGUGACUGCAAUGUGACGAGUAAACUCAGGAGAUGGCCACUGACUGAAAAUGCUCUCAGGGUAGCACCACUGCUCUGAACAAGUGGCUAUGGUCAAGAGGAUCUCAGGGCUGAGCCAGCAUAUGCUGAACGCUAGAGGGUAGCUUCACAGUGGGACCAUAUCCCCACUCUCCAUCCCAUCCACACAUGACAGCCUCUUGGUUGAGAGGUAGAAGGGUAGACAGAUUUUGGAAUGAGGAGAUUGUCACAGGUGACUUAAUUUCUUCAAAUAAACCUUGCCUUGACAUCUAAGCUAACAAUGGGCUGGAAUGAGUAAUUUAUGUGGGAGAGACAACUUGAGAACAGUUGCAAAGACUUGGAUGUGUUCCUUAUGCUUCUGGGUUAUAUUGAUGGGGAUGGUUUCAUAAUGUUGAAGAGAGAACUGUCCUGCACUUCAGUGGGCCAGAUUCUUAGCCCUGACCUGCCACUGAAUAACCUCUGGUAAGUUACCUUAUCUUUCAGAGUCUGAACUACUACCUCUGUUUUUUUGUCAUUGUUGGGGUGGCAUUUAUCUCCUAACCACUUCUCUGUCUUUUUUUAAAGGGGUUGGUUCAUAGGAUCUUUACCUAUACUGUUCCCUGACCUCAUGUAUUGUCUAUAAUGUUUGGUUAUUGUUUAAUUUGUUCUACAAACAUUUCAUGUAAAGCACUGUGCCAGAGCCUGACUUUUACUCUGCCCUCAGAGUCCACAGCUAUUACUGAAGCUAGACAAAUAAUGACAAAGUGGUAUAAUAAGUCCAUGAUGGUGGGCAAUACAAGCUACUGUAGUGGCACAAAGGAAGCUGAGCAAAGACCUAUUAUUAUAGGUCAGCAGAAGUUUCACACACAUCUCCAUGUGCCAGAGUAUGGCAAUAGUUAUGGGUAGCUGAACUGAUGUGGAAAUGGUAAACAUGAGUUGAACUGGGCCAACAGUGGCAACGUUCCAGAAAGCAUGUUUCUCAAAAGUUAUUAAGUGUGGCAUCCAGAAGGGGCUGGAAAAUGCAGCUUUAUGGUUGAGAAGGUUAAUUGUAAAUGGGAUUUGUCAUCUUCUCUAAAGAGCUGUGCCAUAGAUCCUCAUGGUAAGGAGUGAAUGUUGGGAAAGGAAUCAAGAAUGGGGGCUGCCAAUCUUUGAUCUAUCCAACCUGCCAUCCUUUGGGUACAUACUCCAUAGAGGGGCUGUAUCCAUUGGCCAGGAUCCUUAAGUUGCAAGCAACAGAAAAUGGAUUAGACUGACCUUAUCAAAACAGGAAUCUGAAUGUGGGUUGGCUCCUGGAGUGGAAGGAAAGGCUAAAAGACCAGCCUUUUGGAAGGACAAGACCUGGGUCAGCUCUGGGGCUCCAGGGAGCAGGAGCCCAUGGGGGCUCUUUUCAGGUUACAUGUUUUGGAAUGAUGACCCAGUCAUUCUUACUUAUGUGUCACUCAUCCCAAGAUAAAAUCUUCCAGGAGAGAACUCUGAGCCUCACCUCCACCCUCUGGCCAAAGCACAUUUAUCGUAUGUUCCAUCAGGGCAACAAAGUGGGCAUGGAAUCCUCAAGGGUAAAUUAAAGUCCUGGGACGGAAGAAUAGGGAUGGAUCCUGUCCAACCCACAGAAAUAAAGGUCCACCGAGACAAUCUCCCAUCUUGUUGCCCAUCUUGGGAUCUUUAAAGCCUCAGAUAUGCAUGGCAUUAGGUGUUCAAGAAUAUUGAACAUGCUCAAAUUCCAACAUCCCCUCCUUAGUCCCCACAGUACUUUGUUACUCUAUAAAGCCAACUAAAAUACCAUGUUAGAAAAAAUUUUAAGUUACUCUGUAUCGUACAGAAAAUGAGUUCCAUGAUGGAAGAUUUUGAUUUAAACAAAUUAUAAUGUGAACCUCUCUGCCUCUGUCCUUUCUUCCUUACAGUGGAAGAGAUGUCCCUUCCACUGUUUAAAACUGUCCCUCUUCCCAGAGUUUUUUUUUGUUUUUUUGGUAUCAUUAAUCUGCAAUUACAUGAGG